UUUCAAUUUUCCCACGGCGCGUUUUAUUGUAAAAUGUUUUACAUCAUCGGAUUAGGCCUGGGUGAUCCAGAAGACAUCACUGUGAAAGGGUUGAACAUAAUCAAACAAUGCGAACGCGUUUAUCUGGAAUCGUACACAUCGAUUUUAAGCUGUGGCCAGGAGAAAUUGGAAGAAUUCUACGGUCGAAAGCUCAUUCUUGCUGACCGUGAAAUGGUCGAACAGCGGGCGGAUGAAAUCUUGGAAGGAGCCACCAGUCAAUCGAUAGCAUUUUUGGUUGUUGGUGAUCCGCUCGGAGCCACGACUCACACGGAUCUGAUGCUAAGGGCUAAGGAACAAGGAAUCGCAACAUCCAUCGUUCACAAUGCAUCGAUUAUGAAUGCCGUGGGCUGCUGUGGAUUGCAGUUGUAUCAUUUUGGUGAGACGGUUUCGAUUCCGUAUUGGGAUGAUAGUUGGAAGCCAGAUAGCUUUUAUGACAAAAUCGUUGCUAAUCUAAAGCAUGGGCUGCACACGCUGUGUCUAUUGGACAUCAAGGUAAAGGAACCUACGCUGGAGUCGCUGAUGAAGAAGAAGCGCGAAUACAUGCCUCCCCGGUUUAUGUCGGUGCGUGAAGCGGCUAGUCAGCUGUUGGAGAUUGUCGCCAAUAAAUCGAAGGAAGUGGCAGGUGAUGUAGGACCAGACGAGCACAAGCUCCAGGAGAACUCCCUGGUCGUAGGACUUGCUCGAGUGGGUCAUGAAAGCCAGAAAAUUGUAGCUUGUACAUUGCGAGAGAUGCAACAAAUGGAUCUUGGGCCACCGUUACACUCGCUCAUCAUUCCCAACAGUCAGUUGCAUGAAUUGGAGAAAGAAUUCCUACAAAAGUUUGCCGCACUGGACCAACAGUUGCUGUAA